UUUAUGUGAACUUACGAGCGCCCACUUUGUGUAUAAUGUUUUCAGUUGCUUUUUUAGUUAUCAUAAACUUUGUAGUUUCACUGUCUUCUGAGUUCAGUACUAGUCUGUCAAUUUUUAAUGAUGGUUCUUGGAUCGUAACGAGGUCAAAAAUUGUAUAUCUUGGACAACCACUUCGAUUACGGUGUACAGCUACUGGGCCUGACAAUAUCACAAUAAAUCGAAAAGACUACGACAAGAAUGUGACCACAGAACUGGUGGCGAAAUUUGGCACUGAAGUGAGCUGGGAAGUUACAGAAACUGAAUUUUCCGACUCUGGUGUUUAUGAAUGUGUAUCCAGGGGCCUUUCUGAUAUAGUUACUGUGUACAUAUACUCAAUUAUUGCAACAAAUGAUGUUAUUGUGCCAACAAUUGAAUAUACAGACAAAAUUGGAAAUUUUAAUUUUACACGAAGACAUCUUGACACUAGUGCAUUUCUAGAUACGGAUAGAAAUUGGAUGUCGUGUACAUGUGUUGUUGGAAGUGUAAAAUUGUUAGAUAUUAUAACUGUUACAUGGGAAGGUGGACUUUUUGAUGAUAUUUCAGUUAAUCAAAGUCAAAUUCAUCAAAUUUAUUCAAAGACAACAAUAAGAGAUGCAUCAAUAAGAGCGGUUACAGCUCGUCUUCGGCUAAAUUUACCAAUUCUUGAUCAACGUGUUUUUGGUCAAUAUCGUUGUGUAUUUAGCUUUUCAAAAUCAGAGCAUGCUGUGGCAACAGUUCACUUGAAAGUGCCUCCAAUUUUACGUUUGGUUCAUGAUCCUCCACCAAUUCCUCCAAGUAAUUCUUCUGGUCGAUAUACAUGUACAAGUAGUCUGUGUACAACACCAAUUCUCGAGGAACAUACAAAUUCGAAUUGGACAAAUGCUUGUGAAAUUCUUGUCGCAUAUCCAUUAGUAAAAUCUAAAAAUUUAAUCUGGGCAUGGACGCAACCACAAUGGGCUGCAUAUAUCAUUCGACAAGUUGAAGAAGUUGGUAAAGCAAAUGUUCUUUCAGAUUUUUCUAUGUUAAGCGAUAAUGAAAUAGGCAGUUAUGGACCAUGGGAAGUAUUAGAACGUCGACGUAGAUCAAUAAAUACUGACUCUGAAAUGGAGAAACCGGAUCUUGUUAAAUCUGGUCCUAUUCUAUUUUGGUGUUGGGCUAAUAAUGAUGUUGGACAAACAACUAUAUGGUGGCCUGGUCCAGUUGACAAUUACAGCUAUUCAAUUUGGUCGUCUGUUUGGUGGCCAUUACUUGGUGUUACCCUGGAAUUGUUAAGUUUAGCUGUAGUCUUUAUCUUCUUUCGUUAUUGUCGUCGACAGAGAUUACGUUAUGGAGUUUGUAAUACACCACCAGAAACUGGUGGUUCAUUUGGUCGUUCACGUCUACUUGACACUGAUGUCGACGGAGAUCAAGUGGAAAUGAAAGCUACUACGAAUCCUACUUCGUCAUUGUCUUCAACAUCUGUGAUCGGUUUACAUACACACGGACCUAUCCCAUAUAUACGUUUAUCAAAUCAAAAUAAACAUUUGAAUAAUAAUAGUAAUGGUAAUAAUAAUAGUAAUAGUAGUAAUAAUAAUAGUUUUCUAACUAAAAUCACUGGCAUAAGCCAUUCUUCACCGGAUGGCUAUAUGAAUCCAAAUUUAAUACAAGAUCCAAUAGAUGCAGAAGUUGAAGCUAUGGCCAAUGUACAAAAUCUACACAAUGAACGUGAACUGAUCGAUGAUGAUUAUUUUUGGGAUUCAGAUACUGGUGGUAACAAUUUGGAUGAUGAUGAUGAUAAUAAUAAUAAUACAAAGACAACAAAGACAAGAAAUAAUCAUCAAAUAAUUGCGUAAAAAUAAAAGACAAAAGAAUUUCUUUAUGUAAUAUGUAAUAUAUAUAUACAAUUAAGUAAAUAGGCAUCAAUCCAUACUGAUGCACACACUUAGAUGUGUCAAUGUGAAUGAAUUAACCAAUAUGAGAUAAGAAAAAAAAUAAUAAACCUGGUGCCGAGUUUUCUAAUUCAUUUUCCUCAAAAACCGCCAGUCUAACAAACAACAUUUAUGCACAUACUCAUUUCCUGUACCAUAUAUCUAUAUACAUAUACACAUAUAAAUGUUGUUAAAAAGCAUAUAUAUAUAUUAUAUAUAUAUAUAUAUAUAUAUAUAUAUAUAUAUUUCCUGUGUACAAUUGUGAUUUUGAAAGAUUUUGUGUGUCAAGAAACCUACUUAUCACUGAAUCAUGUCAAACAACAUUGUUUAAAUUUGUUAACUGUAUGUCGUCAAUGGAUACGGCGCGAAAUCUUUUGUUUUUGAAAAACCACAAAACAACGUCAAUAGAUGUAUGCAUUGACUUUUACCAACCCUUGAACAAGUAAUGAAAGUAAAAUCAAAUGAAAUGAGGUUGUUGUUUCUUUUGGGGGGGGGGGGCGGGGGGCGGGGAAUGUUCAUCUCUUCAAAGAAGUUCAUUGUUGUUAUAUUAUUAUUAUUUAUUAUCUUUGAUUUAUUUCAUUCCAUACUCGUGUACGCGCAUUUUUUUAUUUUUUGGCAAUUAUUUAUUGUUAAAUGAGUGUAGAGGAGAAGAGAUGAAUGAAUCGCUUCAGCUUUUGUGUGUGUGUGUGUGUGGGUGUAAGUGUGUUUGAUAUUCAUACAACAGCUCUGAUAUUUCACCUUGUCUACCAUAUCCAUUCAAGGUCGUCUUUCUGUCUCUUACAUUGACAUUAAUGCAUUUAGUGUCAUGAUAAUGAUAAUGAAAUGUGAUUGAUUGGUUAACGGAUUGUUUCUCUCACCUCUACUGAACUAUGCAUUUGUGAUAUUUAGCUAACUAACUAACUAACUAACCAUGACGAUUAUUGUACGAAAACAAAACCUCUUAAAAAUUACCAAAAAUAAUCCCAAUAAACUAAACUGAUCAUAUCUUCUUCUUAUUAGUAGUUGUAUUGACUACUAAUACAACGACUACUCAACUAUCUUUUAUAUUUCUCAUCUCUCCUCUGCAUUUGUCUUCUUCGAGUUCCAUUUAACCUUUGUUAACCUUUCUUCUCAAUGCAAGUGGAUGGUUGGAGUGGCUGUGUAACUUUCUCAAUUUUAUGAUUGCAUUUUUUUUCCAACUAUGUUUUGCCUCACAGGAUUUCAUCAUAAGCUGAAAUCAGUUGGUUAGAGAAUCAUUGGAAAACCAGCUGGGAGUACUGGACAUUUGUUUCCUCCGUCCUAGUUUAGGACUCUUCAUCAGUACGCACCCACCGGGUUUUCCAAUGGUUCUCUAACCAACUGAUUUCAGCUUAUGAUGAAAUUUUGUAAACCAAUCAACCAAAUCCCGACAAACCAACCCAACACUUGAAUAUGUUUGGCUCAUUCAUUCAUGCAUUCUGGUCUAGUCUAGUCUAGUCUAGUCUAAUGAUGAUAUGAUAACUUCAAUUUAUCUUAUCUGGUAUGUGUUGUCUAUGCAUGUACUAUGUUCAAUUGUUUUUCUCUUUUUAUCCUUUAGCAUCUAAUCUAAGCAUUUUUCUUAUUGUUGUUGCUGUCUUCGUCGUCGUCGUUCUUUUCAUUCUCUUUUUCUUUUCUGUCUUUUUGUUCUGAUUUUUCUUUUUUUUUUGUGUAUUGUGAAUUUUUUCAAAUGAAACUGUGUUAUUAGAAAUCAAGAACUAAUUGAUAACAGUCAUAACCAUAAGAAGGGAAUGAAAUAUAUAUAUAUUCUUUCCUUUUGCUUUGCAUUUAAUGCCCUGUUUAUAUGCACAGAGAGAGAGAGGGACGCUGAAAGAGAUGUCUUGUUAUUGAAUAAUAAUUAUUAUUAUUACUAUCACCGCUGUUAUUGUUAAUAAUGUUAAAAAAGCUGUAAUAAAUCCAC